ACCUGCUCCUCCCUCUUCCCAACCACAACUGGGCUGAUUAUAGAGCCUGGGCAGAAGUCCCCGGCUGGGGCCGUUUUAAAGAGAGGGGCUUUAUCCUGUGGUUGUGGUCUGAGAGAAAGGCACUGCUGCUCUUCUCCAGGCCUACCUGAGAUCAGGGCACAAGCUUCUAACCAGACUACUGGGUAUGGUUGCCACUGCCACCUCUCCUGUGAUGGCUCUUCCCACCUCAAACCACGAACUCAGUAUAGGCGUGGGGUGAAUGACUUCCUCUGGGCCCCAAAGGGAGCUGGGUUUAUAAAGUGCCCCAGAAACAUAAAGGGCCUUCAGGUGGGCUCCCCAGGGAAAAGAGGAAGGUCGCACCGGGACGCUGAGAGUAGGAAGGCAGGAUUUAUGAGAUGAUGAGGGGCGCAGAGCCCUUGGCCAGUCCUGGGGGAAAGGUGACAACCCUGGGAGGGAAACUAAGGCAGAAACCCACUGGACCUGCUCGAACUUUGCUCCUUUAUCGUGACCCCGGACGCCCCUUUAAGUACAUUGCACUCCACUUUUUCCCCGGAGCCUCUAGCUGCUGUAGGAGGGAAUCGAAAUCACUUCCUGCUAUCCCUCUGGUUCGAUCAGCGUCUAGGCGUUCACAGGUCCUCCCUUCUAGCCACCAUCGCCCCACAAAUCACGUCAUUUCGGUGACGGGGUGUGUCUUCCUCCGCUCACGGCCCACUUCCGCUCGCUCUUCCAGUUAGUGCUCUAACGCGAGGGAAGCCGCUUCCGGCCUUCCGUGGCGCCUUCAGAAGUUCUCUUCCGGGUGAUGGCGGCCGGGUGUCCCGGAUAUAGCCCUGGCGAAAGCGUCGUUGCUCUUCUUCCCUGAUUAUCCGGGUCCAUUAGCUAGGGGAAGGCCAUCUGUGUCCAGUCAUGCCAAAGAGAAAAGUGACCUUCCAAGGCGUGGGAGAUGAGGAGGAUGAAAUCGUUGUUCCCAAGAAGCUGUUGGACCCUGUGGCUGGGGCAGGGGGUCCUGGGAGCCGCUUCAAAGGCAAACACUCUUUGGACAGCGAUGAGGAGGAGGAGGAGGGGUCCAGCAAAUAUGAUAUCUUGGCCUCAGAGGAUGUAGAAGGUCAGGAAGCAGCCACACUCCCAAGUGAGGGAGGUGUGAGGAUCACACCCUUCAACCUGCAGGAAGAGAUGGAGGAAGGCCACUUUGAUGCUGAUGGCAACUACUUUUUGAACCGGGAUGCUCAGAUCCAAGAUAGCUGGUUGGACAACAUUGACUGGGUGAAGAUCAGGGAACGGGCACCAGAUCAGCUCCCCCUGUUAGACUCAGAAGAGGAGGACAACCUGGGUCGGACACCAAUGAGUGCCCAAGCCCUCCUGGAAGGCCUUCUGGAGCUGUUGUUGCCAAGAGAGACAGUGGCUGGGGCCCUGAGGCGUCUGGGGGCCCGGGGUGGAGGCAGAGGGGGCAGCAGGGGGCCUGGGCGGCCCAAUUCACCCCAGCGUUUAGACCGGCUUUCCGGGUUGGCCGACCAGAUGGUGGCCUGGGGCGAUCUUGGUGUGUAUCAGGAGACAAGGGAACGCUUGGCCAUGCGUCUGAAGGGGUUGGGGUGUCGGACUCAGGGACCCUCUGACCCCACACCUUCACCCUCUCUGGACAUGUUUGCUGAGGAAGUGUCAGAGGGGGAGCUGGAGACCCCAACUCCUGUCCAGAGAGGAGCAGAGUUGUCAGGAGAUGGUCUGGUGGAUGUGAUGUGGGAAUAUAAGUGGGAGAACACAGGUGAUGCUGAGCUGUACGGGCCCUUCACCAGCACCCAGAUGCAGGGCCUCCAGUGUACCUCCCUGGUGACAUCCUGUGAGGCAGAGUCCCUGAAGAUGUCCACAUCCUCAACCUCAGAACCUGUGAAUGAGCCCAAUGUAAUCACAAGUGUCCUAUAAAGACAGGAAGUCACAAGGGUCAACGUGAGGCAGGUGAAAAUGAUACAGUGCUGCUGGCUCUGAAGACAGGGGAAAAGUCCUUGUGCCAAGGAACAAUGGUCUGGAAGCUGGAAGAGGCAAGAAGACAACUAUUCCCAGAGCUUCCACAAAGAAGCAGCCCCACUGAGGAUUUUAGUCUAGUAUAAACCAUUUUGGACUUCCAACGUCAAAAAGUCUAGUAAAAUUGCUUUGUAAAACAAACAGUAUGUGGUCAUUACAGCCCCAGUAGGAAAUGAACACAUACCCCACCCAGCUGAAUGCCUCUCCCCUUAAUGAAUGUCCCUUUAAUUCUCUCUUCCUGUGGCCAUGUCCCUCCCUCUUUCAAGCCUUUAUCAGCAAUUAACUCCUUUGCUUUCAAAAAAGAAAACAACUAUGUAUAUGUAUGUGUGUAUAUGUAAUUUUUAUUUUAAACUUUUUAUAUUUUA